GUCAAAAUUGCUGCUUUGUGCGAAAGAGUCGUUUUAAUGUGUUACUUAUCGUUGAAUUUUCUCGAUCGUUUAGCUUUGUUGACCCCAAUAGAAAGCCAUUCUUGGGUUUUCAACCCGUCGAAAGCAUUUAAAAUCGAUUUGGCCUUCGCGCGUAUAGCAUUAACACUUUUUAUGAUGCGCCGGUAUGCGCUGAACCGCUCAGCGAGGACAUCACUACAUGGAAAUGGUUUGUGUACAUAACUAGGCCGAAAGGAUUUUAACAAACUGUGGACAUGAUUGAUGGAAAGAUUCACGGCACGGAUUGCUUCGAAGUGGAACUGUUUCUUCAGAGAAAUGAGUUUUCAAAGCUCUACCAGGUUAAAAACAACGAAGAUGGAAGGAAGUACUCAAUGGAGGUGUCACCGCGGGAUGCAAAUUCUAGAGCGCCCGUCAGCCCCUAUGUUCAGUUAACCAAAACAACGCUCUCUUCAUUUUGGGUUAGUCUACGGUUUACGUUUCAAACUCGGUCGAAAUUUUAUUUUAUUCUCGACUUCGCCGGUGGCCAAACGCUAUCGCAAAAGUUGAAUAUUUGUGGUGGAAAAUUUUCUGAGCCUUUAGCGAGAUUUUAUGCUGCGGAGAUUGUGGUCGCCUUGGAGGAAUUACACAGCUUCCGCCUGGCUUAUAAAGAUUUAGAUUUAGAUGUGGUGUACGUGGAUUCUGAGGGUCAUAUAAAGCUUUGGCGCAGUUUUUGUGGAAAGCUUUACUGGGGACAAAGCGAAUGCGUUUGUUCGCUUGCUGGGUUUUGCCAUGGAGAUCCAUGCAAUAACAAUCAUAAUCUUACCAGCGAGUUUGAUUUUCAAGAAGAUUGGAAGGCUCUUGGAAGAGUGAUAAAUACAAUGUUAACGGGAGAUAACAAUUAUCGGACUUCCGAAAACCGUGCCCUCUCGGUCGCUGCCAGUGAUUUAAUCGUUAGACUGACGCGAGGUGAUAUCUCUCGAGCUGACCAGAUUCAGUCCCACCCGUUUUUCAAAGGAGUCAAUUGGCACGAGGCAAGAAUGAGGAAAGCUCGACCACCCAUGACCACGGACAAGGGAUCCAACUCCUUUCCAGUUCAAACAAAUUCUUCCGCUGGCUAUUCACCAACUGAGACUAAUAUGACUAAUUCAUCUUCUUCAUUCUAUCGGCCCUACAGUUUUUCGCAUCAUAGUGACCCGGGCGAUACUAGCCACCUCAAGAACGCCCCUGACUCUUUGGUGCCUGAGCCCAGUCUCCGCAGUGGUUUUUCAACCCCUGAUCUUCGAUCGAUCAGUCAAGAAAACCCGUUCUUGCGACAUCAUACGUCAUUACCGCCAAGAGACAUGUACUAUCACUAUGGAAACCCUAGUUAUCCAAGCACAACACCACGUGAUUUUUAUACAAGCCCCGUGCAAAGGAGGUUAGCUUCGCGCUCUUUGAGUGAUCUUUCUGCUUUAAACGGAAAUGACGAUGUAUUUACUCCAAACUCCCCGACGGCCCUUGAUAGGACGUUCGUCUAUCCAAAUUAUGAACCUGCCCCGCAAUAUGCAAGAACACUUAAUGCACGGCCUGGAAACCAUUCAGGAGUUUUCAGUGGCGAUUAUGCUUUGCGUUCGACAGGUAGUUUUCCUGAUUUAAGGGGUAACAUCGGUCCUUUCACCUCAUACCAAUACACAUCCCACAAUGAAAGAUCCUCACCCACCCCCUCUAUGUACAGUGAUUACAGUUCAUGCACGGAGUCUCCCCUCCGUGGUACAUUUAUUCUACCGCAUCAAACCGUGCGUUCCCCUUACAGCAUCAUUGGUGUGUCGUCGGUGGAUAACAGUAGCGCGAUGGGCCUACGAAGAUGGGAACGCAGUUCGAGUCGAGAAUCGGAAAAUCAUCGUGGAAUUUCGGAACCCGAAAACAGCCUUCAUGGUAAUCCAAAUUCACUUCAUUCUGAGCGGAGUGUAAUCGAUGAUUCGUCGUCUCCGGUAAAAAAUCCUACAAACAAUUCGUGUACUCAACAAAGUCCGACACAAAGUUCGGAUUUCACGAAGAACAACGACUCUGAUCGAACGUCUACGAAUACCACCCGUGAACGCUCGUCGACGUUGAGUCGUACUCUUUCGUUAUCUGAUAUAGACGAAGGUACCAAACAUACGACUCCGAAAGUAGCUCGGGAAAUUAGGCGAGAUAGUUUGCCAAUAGCUGUCAGUAAUGCAAGAGAAAAGUACCCUCUGGCGAGAGUUCCUAUACCAUCAUUUAGGGAAUUUAAACAGAGGAAUUUGCUUGAAGAGGCUAAAAAUAAACCAUUGAUUGAAAAGAAAGAUGUAAACGAAAAGGAAUCACAGGGAUUAUCGAGGGCAGAUCCUAAAACCGAAUCUAAAAACAAGAUGGAGAUGCGGGGAAAAUUGAAGGAAAGGCUGUCUUCAUUGUACGAAAGCUCAAAAGACAUCUCGGCUCAGAAUUCGACAAGAAAGCUUAGUACCUCCUACAAGUUGAAUUCUUCGAGAAAUGUAACACAAGAAAAACCUGUUUUCAAAUCGAGUGUAUUAACAGAAACGAAAGGCAGUAAUACAAAGGAUGUUAAAGAAUUGGGCAGCUCACGAAAGAUUUCAAAGGGCCGUCGCGAAAGCCCGUUUUCAAAGAACGAAGUUAUUCAUAACCUAAUGUUGAAGUACGGCUUAUACGAGAAAGGCGGACACAAGAGAGCAAGUAGUUCGAGAGCGGACGCAAAGGAUAUUGUGUCAUGGACGGAUGAAGUCAAUUCUCGCGAGAAGGAAAGAAACAAUAAAAAUUUGAAACAUAUUUCAUUGGCUACAAAUCCUGAAAAUUUUUCGGUAGGGGAAGAAAGAAGAACGCGGAAUUCUUCGCAUUUGUAUGAGUCUACUCCUAAAGGGAGCUCCGUUUCUGAUCGAAAAGCUCCCACAGCUGCAACAUUUGAAUCGAAAAAGUCCGCCGCGGAGCGGUUCAGAGAGUUGCGAAGAAAGCAUGGUAUGCAAAAUGAUUCUGAAGAUUCUCGAACGGCAGAAAGAGUGGCAUUAACAGGCAGAGGAAAGACAUCGGAGAUGAAUACAACACAAACUGCGUCAAUAACCGAAAAUGGAAAAGAGAUUCUGAAGCGAGAAAUGAAUGAUUCUGGGUUUUUAGAUCAAAAGAACUCAAGUGAAAUUCGAGGAAGUGAUCACAAUUCUACGGGAGCAGGCCCAAGAAUGGCAAAUUCAAAUGUUGUAGAAGGCAGUUUGACAGUAUAUGAGAAGACUGAGAGGCGAAAUGUCGACUCGACUGAGACAUCCAGUCAAAGGAAAAGCUCUAUUGGUCUCCGAGGUACCUCCAGAGCAGUUCUUUGUGCGACAAAAUUUAAGAGAGUUGCUAACAAAGGCUUGAAAACAUCGAAAGAUUCGCCCUUGCCGGAUAAGAAAAAGCUGGGAGACAUUAUCACCACAAGUGACUCAGCAACCAAAGUUAUGGCCGAUAAAAUGCAAAACGGAAACGCUAUGGAAAGUAAGCGAGGUGAAUCAUUGGGGAAACGAUCACCGAAUACCCGACAGCGAGAUUUCCGAGCGAACGGAAAACUUCGGAAAGGUGGUAUUCACACGAGCAUGCUCAGUGUGGCAAGCAACGCGUGCUUGACCGAUUCUGAGGUUGAUGACACAGUUAGCUUGUACAGUGAAAUGGACUCGCUUGACAGCGGGCGAGAAACGAGAGGACGUAGGUGGGAGAGUUUCCAUAGUAACAUCAGUGCUGACAGCGGCUCCCCCCACAUGUUCGAAUUUGAGACGGACUCCAAUGCAACUGAGUUUGAGGAGGAGAUUUUUGAUGACCAUGGCUCUGAAGAUGAGCAUCCCAAGAGCGAGGCCGAAGUGGAGCGCACUGACAGUGGUGUCGGAGGUGACAUGGGACAAAGUCCUUUGAGGCGCUCUUGGGAGGAAAUUGUAAUGAAGAGUUCGGAGCAUUGGUCCGUUGUGGCGGCCUCCGCUCGUCACUGGCAAGAAUUGGCCCGCAGGAGAAAAGCAAAUGAGGACGAAACGACCUCUGCAAGGAAACGAAGUUCUGUGCAUUCUAUAACUGAAGACAUGGUCGAAUGCCCAGAUUGUUUGAAGCACUAUGUUCCAUCAAUAAAUAGCGAAGAACAAAAAGACAGAAGUAAAGAACCGGAGAUUUGUCCCAAGUGCAUAGACAGAAAAGUGGAGAGGAAGGAGGCCAUUAUUGAACUGGUACAAACCGAAAUCAACUAUGGAAAUGAUCUUCAGAUCCUGAAGGAGGAGUUCUACUUGCCGAUGCAGUCUGGAGGGAUUUUAAGUCCAGAAAAUUUGGCUGCGAUAUUUCUCAAUUUGCAGGAAUUGCUGGAGGUGAAUUCAAAGUUUUGCGCAAAGUUGCAGAAAAGUUUGGAAGAAUCUGUUGCAAAUGGUGAUGAGGAAUUUUCUAACGUCAACGUUGGAAGCAUUUUCUUGGAGAGCGUAGAUUUCUUUCAAGCCUACGAAAUUUACUGUUCAAAACAGACCGCCGCCUCUGCGUUGCUUGAAUCUCUUCAGAAGAAAACGGAGCUGCUAAGAAUAUUCCUGAAUGUAACAUGUCGUGAAAAUCCAAAGUGUCGCAAAAUGGACUUGAACUCAUUUAUCCUCGCUCCGGUACAACGAAUCAUGAAAUAUCCCCUGUUGCUGAGUAGAAUUUGUAAGGCCACUCCACGAAGGAAUCAAGACCGAGAGAAACUCAAAAUGGCGCAAAGAAGAAUUGAAGAGCAGCUAAAUAAAAUCAACGCGUUGAACACAGCUGUUGAAUCUCGACAAAAGCGAUAUCGGGCGAGUCAACAACUUGGCCGGUCCGACUCGCUAGAUAAAUUACAAAUGAAGAAAAUGGCGUCCGAUAUUCUGAACUGGACAAUGGAGGAAAUGCAGUUGCUUAUGCACGGUGUCUUCCAGAUCACUAUACACGAGUUUGGCGCGAGCUGGAACAGGCGCAGUAGCAAGAAAGCCCUUUCAGUAUGCGCGCUGUUCUGCGUAAGAGGUCAUUCAGAGUUUGUGCGAAUUGACUCAGACGAUGAGGGGGAGUGUGAGGAUCUUUUGUUCCCCGGGGAGGGGGAGGUGACCGAUGCUGCUGUGGUUCUCCUUAGAAAGAAGAUGAGUGGGAAAUACACUUUAUUUAAGGAACCAUUGUUUCUGGAUAUGUGCGUGAUUUACAAGGAAUGUGAGCUAAAGGACACAUUCGAAAUUGUGUUGAUGGGUAAAGAGACAUACAGAUUCAGAGCUUCUUCAAGCAGAGAUUAUCGGAGAUGGCUUAAAUACCUCAGACUGGAAUCCAAAGAACUUGGCUCCUGGAAGAGGAGGCGAAAUGGUCUUCCCAAUAUCAUGAUUAAAAAUCUUUAGCAAAGACGUAACUCUGUGAAAUAGUUAUAUGUCGUUCACAGAAUACAGUCGACAAUAUGAAAGCCUUCAUCAAAUGUAUAUUUAUAAGAGAAUCCAUACGUGUGUCAUCGUCUGUAUAGGAAAAUGUUUACGACUAAAAUGUAUGUGAAAAUUGUUAACAAUGACCUGUUUGACAUUCACUAUUUGUUUUGGUCGUUUCAGUAAGCCAAUAAAGUCAUCGUUUAAAACA